AUGCAUGGGUAUCCAGGACAGUCGCCGAGGCGCUCCUUCUUUGGCCUUGAUCCUCUUGGGCAUCGACCCAGCUCACUCGGGACCAUCAACCUCAACCUGUUCGGCCGAAAUCAAGGUCAUCAGUCGCAUGACGCUCCACCGCUUCAUGCCAAUGGCGUUGUCCGGCCCGUCAUGGAAUUCCUGGCCCUGGACAUGUUUUUGAAGGCCUCGGCACCUCGCGUUUUGCGGCCCAUCAUGUGGCUGGGAGUGUUCCUCCGUGGCGGACCUGAAGCUUUGCUGGGCUCCAUGCGUAACCAGCUGGAAACCAUGGCGCCAGGUGUAAGCCUACCUGGGCACCGGCGAAAAAACCCGCUGGCGCCGCUCUUCCGGUUGCUUGCGCCAUGGAUGAAGCUGAUCGCCCAGCUCGCGGCACUUCAGAGCGCAGGGGCUUUGUUGGCCACCUGCGGUCGCUCUGAAGUGAUCACAGGGGAUCGAGCUGCUGCACUGGCGGCUGGCAACGCAGAAGACGCUGCUGCGGCGAUCAUGAGAGUCUUUGGCCAGAUGCCUGUAGAGUCGGCAGACGGCGACGAAUUGGAGGCGCUGCUCCGCGAGGCCGCGGAGAGCGCCCAGCGCCAGCAGUGGGCCUUGCGCCGCGAGGCCAUGAUCUCUCGCUGGACCCGACCUGCACCUGAGGAGCGGGUGCGUGCGCUGCUGCAGUGGAGCGAAACCAGCCGCGGACAGCACUUGUUGGCACUGGCGGAGGUGCGGCGGGAAGCGUUUGCAUCAUCCCGGAGCUGGUUCUAUUGGCUCCUACCUGCAGGAACGUAUUCAAUGUCGUCAGAGUGGUGGCUGCACCUCGCAGGGCAUUCUGCCCUUGUGGCAAUGGUGACUCUGCCCUUCUUCUCCCGCAUGGACCUGGUCCGAUGGGCGUCCAUGUGUACGCUUGGCGUUGCGACCGGCGCCAAGGGCUGCAAGCGGGCCGCUUGGUUGCGAAAGUUCAUGGGGAACAAGGAACUUCAGACCGCCAUGUACGAGCUAUACACCGACCGGCCACGCGCUUUGGCGCUGGCGGAGCCGCUGGCAGAGCCUUCACCGCAGCAGGCGGCGAACGUCGCGCGGGGGCUUGCGACGCUGCAACGGCCACUGCCUCCCUUCCAGUUGAAGGCCUUGGGCGCCAUGCCGCCACGGAGCCUGGGCAACAUGGCGCGGGCGUCGACGAAGACGCGGUGCCGUGGCCGGGCGUGGAUGACGGCUUCGGUGGCCAGAAGUCAGGUUUGCAGCGAGCUCAACCCGCAGGGCGCGGGCAACACGGCACAGGCCCUUGGCAAGUCGAGAACUACAGACAAGCCAGCGUUUGCGGCUUCCUCCACACAUUUGGUCCGAAGCAGUGAUGAAUUUCGGGUCCAGGAGAUGGUCAACAGCUUAUGGGCCUUUGCAACUGCCGUUGCCUUGGGCUUCCGCCUGCUAGACGCCAUUUGCCAUCAGUGCCACAAGCGGAAAGCCUCAGAAUUUGUGGCACAGGACUUCUCCAACCUUGUGCAGUGA